AUGGCGUGCGUGACCGUGUCUCUCGCAUCGGCGACCCCCGCGGUCGCCCCAUCGCUCCGCCGCGCUGCUCACGUCAGGCGCGGCGGCUCCGUCGUGGUCCGCGGCAAGAAGGCGGCGUUCUUCAAGGAGUUCGACGAGCAGUACCAGAAGGACAACGAGGUGAAAGAGAUGGACGAGAACGUGAUGAAUGGGUGGCCUGGACUCGCGAGUGAGUACCCUCGGACCCGUCGAGAAUCGUGCAGACACGCGACGGUACCGUCGAUGUGCCAGGACAUCGGCGACGACAUCGCCACCUACAACGUGCUCACGAAGAAGACCGGCCCGCUUAACGUCACCUGGAACGGCGUCGCCAUGCUCCAGGUGCCCAAAGGGAAGACCGACAAGGAGUCCAACGCCAUCGCCAAGACGGUGCUGAUCCAGCGCAAGGAGAUUGUGCUGCAGGAGGUGGACCGGCUCUACCCGAAAAUGAAGGGCCAGCCAAAGGACUACGUCAUUCAGAUGUUCGAGGAUCCUUUCGCGGACCCGGUGGACAUGACACAGGAGGCGCCGAACGACGUGGAGACCGCGCCCGCGGAGUUCAAGUUCCUGGAGAAAGGCCGUCGAUACCCGUAUUGA